AACAUCACAUGACAUUUGCAUUAGCUCAUCAAGAGGACACUAAUACAGCUUCAUGCUUCUAUAAAGAAACACAGAAACUAAGCUGAUUCCUCAACAACACCCAAAGAGACUUAAACAAGGCAACAUGAUGCUCUCAACUUCUUCAGUUUUUUCCCUGUUUCUUCUUAUUUUGUUAUCAUCUUCAUCAGCAAAACCACCAUCUUCAAAACAAAACAGUUUUAUCCAAUGCCUCUCAUAUCAUUCUGAGGCUUCUAUUCCAUUCUCUAGUACCUUUUUCACUCCAAACAGUUCUGCAUUCACUACCGUCCUAAAUUCAACUGCACAAAACCUUAGGUGCUUGAUCCCUUCAGAGCCAAAGCCAGAGUUCAUUUUCACACCAACAGAUGAUUCCCAAGUUCAAAAUGCUGUUAUUUGUUCAAAACAGCUUGGAAUACAUCUCAGGGUCCGAAGUGGAGGGCAUGAUUAUGAAGGUCUCUCGUAUGUGUCCCAAAUUGAGACACCUUUCAUUGUUGUAGACCUCGCCAAGCUUCGAUCAGUUAAUGUUGAUAUCCAAGGCAAUAAUGCAUGGAUUCAAGCUGGAGCCACUAUUGGUGAAGUUUACUACAGAAUUGCAGAGAAAAGCAGAACCCACGGCUUCCCAGCUGGUCUUUGCACAAGUUUAGGGGUGGGUGGCCAUAUAACUGGAGGUGCAUAUGGUACUAUGAUGAGGAAAUAUGGCCUUGCAGCUGAUAACGUCCUGGAUGCCCGAAUAGUUGAUGUCAAAGGCAGAAUUCUUGACCGAAAGACCAUGGGAGAAGACCUGUUUUGGGCAAUCAGAGGUGGUGGAGGAGCAAGCUUUGGAAUCAUCCUGUGGUGGAAGAUAAAGUUGGUUCCCGUUCCAUCAACUGUGACGGUUUUUACUGUUUCCAAGACUUUGGAACAGGGUGCCACAAAGCUCCUCCAUAGAUGGCAACAAGUAGCUGCUACUAAGCUCGACAAAGAUCUCAACAUUAGAGUUAUGAUACAACCAACAGUAGUUGACAGCAAAAGUGGCAAGAGAACUGUCACAACUCUUUACCAAGGUCAAUUCCUUGGAGGUGUUAAAAGGCUCCUCAAUGUUAUGCAAACAGGGUUCCCCGAACUGAAUUUGACAAGAAAAGAUUGCACACAAACGAGUUGGCUCAAGUCUGUGAUGUACAUAGCAGGUUACGCAAAUGGAACUCAGCCUGAGGUUUUGCUUCAAGGAAAACCCACAUUCAAGAGCUACUUCAAAGCCAAAUCAGACUUUGUCAAAGACCCGAUUCCUGAAACUGGGCUUGAGGGGCUAUGGAAAAGGUUGUUGGAAGAAACCGCUCCUCUGAUUAUUUGGAACCCAUAUGGGGGAGUGAUGAGCAAAAUUUCGGAGUCAGCAUUACCCUUCCCACACAGAAAUGUUCUCUUCAAAAUUCAGUACCUGACUACAUGGCAAGCUGCAAAUGAAAACGAGGCAAAGCACAUAAAUUGGAUUAGGAAGCUCUACAACUACAUGGCUCCUUAUGUCACAAAGUCCCCAAGGCAAGCAUAUGUGAAUUAUAGGGAUCUUGAUUUGGGGAUAAACAAGCAAAAGAACACUAGCAUCACUGAAGCAAGUGCAUGGGGUAACAGGUAUUUCAAGGGCAACUUUUACAGAUUGAUAAAGAUUAAAACCAAAGUCGAUCCUCAUAACUUCUUCAGGCACGAACAGAGCAUCCCGCCUCUUGCGCUCCAGGCAAGAAGAACCAGGAACUAGUUCUGAUGGUAAUAGUAAGUCAGCUACGACUGUAGAGGCUCCUUUUUUUUUUUUUUUGGGUUUCCCUCCCUUUCCUUAAAUAAAAAUCUCUUUGCCAAGAUGGCAACAGUGGCCAAAA